GACAAACCAACAUCACUGCCAAUAGGAAGUCACACAUCUCAAUCAACCAGCCCAACCUACACAUUAACAUCUCCAUCUUCUCUGACCACAUCACCUGUCAAUCUAACCACUACAACCAACGUACCACCCACUCAAACAACUCCUAGUGCCUCAUCCCUCCCACCAACAGGUUCAACAACCACAACACAAAUUGUUGCAUCAACAGUCCUGCCAACUUCAAUCAUGUCAUCAACAAAGCUACAAAGUGACUCAUCAACAACAUUUCCAAUUACAACACUCCUCUCAACAACUCCUCAAACAACCAUAAAACCAUCAACAACUGCAAAGCCUUUAGAUUGCAAAAACGGUGGAUACUACAAUGGAUCUGACUGCAUAUGUCCUCCUGGGUUCAACGAAACCCUUUGUGAAAAUGUUAUAGACUUUCAGCCAGAAACACUGAAUCGGUCAGUUGUGGUUGACAUGGUGAUCCAUCAGGAAUACGAUGAAAGAUACAAUGACAAACAAUCACCUGAAUAUAAAGAGUUUGUUGGAAACUUCACCACUCAGAUGGAGAACUAUUACCAGGAAAAGGAGAUACCAAGUUUUAAAUAUGUUUUUGUAAUUAAUGUCAGUAGCCCUGGCAGCCCUCUAGUCAGAUUUUUGGAGAAGAUUAGAUCAUCAGCAUUGGCAACCUACACUACUACACCAAGAGAACGAGGUAUUAGAGUCAUACAUGAUGUAAUUUUGAGCAUUCCAAACAAUGCCGUCUCUGACCAAGUGUACUUGAGUGACUACACCGCAGUGAAGGAUGCUGCUGACAACCUUGUUGGCUGCAAAAGAGAUUGUCCUUACAACGUCACAGAAUCACCCAUAGUGAAUACAACGAAGGUUGAUGGGGAAGCUUUAUGUUUGGAGUCUGUGGCCAAUCCAGAUGUUGCUCAGUUCUAUGAACCUCAAACUGAACAAAAUGGACUACUCACAUGUGUGACUGUAUGUGACAGAAGUCAUUCAACUCCAAAAACAUGCAACAAUAGGGGAGACUGCAGAGUCUACAAGGACACUGGACCUGUUUGCAUGUGCCACUCUAUGAAUUCCACUUGGUAUUUGGCCAAUGACUGUGGACUCCCUAUAGAGAAGACUGCUUUCUACAUUGGGUUGGGUGUGACACUUGCUUGUCUGUUAGUGACCGUGGGAGCCUUGACUACGUAUGUGUUGAUUAACAAACACAAGCUAAAGAAGAGAAGAGAAAUUAAGGAGAAGUUGGUGUUCCAAUGGCUAAAUGAGGAAUUUGAGUGGUCCAGAUUCAACAGCCUAAGUGACACAUACAAUGCUGAUUAUGAAAACCCAACAUUUACAUUUGAGGAAUCAUCCCGCUACAGUGAGAAUCCAGACGAUUACAGGCAGCCUGUACCUGUCGACCAGCUGUCUCAGUCCUCAGAGGAUGCUGACAACAUAACACCCACCACACUGGUCCACAUGAGCCCCUCAAACCAAUUACUACAUGGAAAUAAUACUCCAGUUUCUACUGGCAGUCUGGUUGUACCUCCCAGAGACUUCUCAUCCAACAUGCCGAUGAGGACCAGCAGCGUUCAGAUUAGACCAUCCUCAGACAUAUGAACUACCAUGGUUUUGCAGAUUUGCAUAUGCAGAUAUUUGUCUUUGUUAGCAACAUUGUGACAAAACAUGAUACAAAUGAUAAAGUAAAUAAAUACAAAUAUAUAUACUGUUUUGCAUGGUGACAUUUGUUUUGGCACUAAUGGAUGGUUUGGAUGCACUUUAUGUAAAUAAAAAAUGUCAGUUAUCAAAA